GGCUCCCGCCCCACCCAGCGCCAGGCCACGCCCUGGCGUGUGACGUCAGCACGCCUCGUGCGUCGCGUCGCGGCGCUCACUGGGGGCCCGGCUUUCGCCCGCUGCUGCCGCCGCCGCCGCCGGCCGCGGCUGCUCUCCCAAGAUGGCGGCUCCUCCGGGCGAGUACUUCAGCGUUGGGAGCCAGGUGUCGUGCCGGACGUGCCAGGAGCAGCGGCUGCAGGGCGAGGUGGUAGCCUUCGACUACCAGUCCAAAAUGCUGGCUUUAAAAUGUCCCUCUUCCAGUGGAAAGCCCAACCAUGCAGACAUCUUGCUCAUAAACUUACAGUAUGUUUCAGAAGUGGAAAUAAUUAAUGACCGAACAGAAACCCCUCCUCCCCUAGCUUCACUCAAUGUUAGUAAGCUUGCCAGCAAAGCACGGACAGAGAAGGAGGAGAAGCUGAGCCAGGCCUAUGCAAUCAGCGCUGGUGUUUCCCUAGAGGGCCAGCAGCUCUUCCAGACCAUACACAAGACCAUUAAAGACUGUAAAUGGCAAGAAAAAAACAUCGUAGUCAUGGAAGAAGUUGUUAUUACACCCCCAUAUCAAGUGGAAAACUGUAAAGGCAAAGAGGGGAGUGCACUGAGCCAUGUACGCAAAAUAGUUGAAAAACAUUUUAGAGACGUGGAAAGCCAAAAGAUACUGCAGCGUUCACAAGCCCAGCAACCACAGAAGGAGGCUGCCCUGUCAUCCUGAGUCCACACACACGGAGGACUCUUCCAGCAUCCAGCCAACGAGGCGGUGGUGGUGGCUUCGGCGGAGGCAGGCCGGGGGAGGGAAGGGAUCCUAUAUUUCCUGUUGGCUCUUGUUAACAAAGGGUCAGCAUUUCCAAAUCUUAGACUUGAACAAACAAAACACCCAACAAAAAAGAACAAGAGAAUAAUUUAAAAGUUGAAUCAUUACUUGACUAACAGACUUUGGUCCACCAUGUCCUUUUCACAGCCCCCUUCUGGAACAGUCACCUUGUUAAUUUUAUUUUUGAAAAUUCCUUUCCUGCUCUGCCCUUUCACCUCUGACUUUCCUAGUCUGUCCCUGCCAUUCUGUUUUUAUAAGUGGCUACACUUGCCUUCUGAGUGAUCGAAAGAAACUUUUACAUCUUCUCUUCCAAAAUAAAAGUAACAAGCUGACUGUGAUACUUAAGUUGAGACUAGAGCAGCAGACAGAGGUCUCACUUUAAAUUCGUCUUUUUUUUUCUUUCUUUUUUUUUUUUCUUUUUUUGCACAGGGCAUGGCUUGAAUUAGUUUUAUUUUUCUUAACUUUAAAUAUAUAUAUGAAAAUAUAUAUUAAAAUGUUCUCUAAAUAUUUUCUGCUUCUUGCAGGUCUCUUUUUACUAGAUCAUGGCCGCUCUUCCCACCUCAUCCCUUCGAAAAUAAAAACGUAUUACCCUCCCCACCACCUAUAGCCAGGCAACUAACUUGACUUGGUUCGCAGCAAGAAUCUUCUGCAGCACUUCUAGAGCCAGUGUUUGCAGGUGGGAUUCGGCUGUGAGGGUUCCUGAUGGCUUUUUAGUCUUUAACUGUGUGUGUGUACCAGUCUCACAUUGGGCCAGAACCUCAGGAUUCUCCCUCUGCCUUUUGUCUUACUUCAUGGUACUAGAAGAACUUCCUCACCACUCUCCCAUCUCCUAGAUGGGAGAGUCCGCUGCCCUGUCUCCUGUGCCCUCUGCAGGAAGAACUCUUUUGCAUGGCACGUCUCAGCUUCUCUUCGAAGGAUGAUUUUCUUCCGUAAGAAACCUGGAACCCACCUCUCCCGGUCUCUGUUGAAGUCUGUAUCCAGAGCCACUAGCCCAGGAGAAAGCUUGGGUGACCUAUAGUUUCUCUUCUCCCACCAACCUCCUGCUUUUAAUGCCCUUCCCCACCCCCCUUAAAUUUUACAAGCUUACGAUAGUUUGUAUGUGCUCAGCCGAUGGGCAGAAAACCUGGAGAGAACUUCUGGACUUUAGCCCACCAGUUUGUCUGGUUUGACUAACCUGCUGAGCCCGAAAACUGGCACGCGGUGCCCCUGUGCCUUCAGGGCAGUCCAGUGGGGCAGAGUGUGCCACCAGCUGAAUAUCAGGCACCUAGUGGGAAGUGGGUGAUGCUCAUGUGACUGGCUAGAGCUUUGGGGGUGGGGUGGGGGUUAACUACUAUCUUUUUGGCCAUGAUCUCUUUCCCCUUCCUUUUUUUUUUUUUAAUUAAAUAAAUGGAUCAAAAUUAAAUAAUUCAAGCCCUGCC